CAAUAUCGGUCUUAAAUCAAGUCGAACUUUAAAGUUGAAACCGAACUAAAACUACGAUAUUCGACAGCUUGUUCUUCAAGAAGAAAGUUAUUGAAACGGAAUUAUAAAAGAAAACACAUAAAUAAAAAAUGAAGUAUUAUUUGAUUGGAGUUACAACCCUUUUGGGCCUCGUGUGUGGGGACGCGGAAGAUAUAGGAACGGUGAUCGGUAUCGACCUCGGAACUACUUAUUCGUGUGUCGGAGUGUAUAAAAACGGAAGAGUUGAAAUCAUUGCAAAUGAGCAAGGAAACAGAAUUACCCCUUCUUAUGUAGCGUUUACAGAAGACGGAGAACGUCUAAUAGGUGACGCCGCCAAAAACCAACUGACGUCUAACCCGGAAAAUACGAUAUUUGACGUAAAACGUCUGAUUGGUCGGGAAUGGGAUGACGAUGCAGUCCAGAACGACAUGAGACACUAUCCUUUUAAAGUAUUAAACAAGAACAACAAACCGCAUAUAGAGGUCAAGGUUGGAAAUUCUUCUAAAGUAUUCGCCCCAGAGGAAAUAUCUGCAAUGGUUCUGAGCAGGAUGAAGGACAUUGCGGAAGGAUAUCUUGGUAAAAAGGUAACCCACGCAGUUGUUACUGUCCCCGCCUAUUUCAAUGAUGCACAGCGACAGGCUACCAAAGAUGCCGGAAGGAUUGCUGGUCUCAAUGUUAAAAGAAUUAUUAAUGAACCAACUGCAGCAGCUAUUUCCUAUGGUCUAAAUAAGGAAGGAGAGAAGAAUGUCCUUGUGUUUGACCUUGGAGGAGGAACUUUUGAUGUUUCCAUUUUGACUAUUGAUAAUGGAAUAUUUGAGGUUGCAGCUACAAAUGGAGACACUCAUUUGGGUGGUGAAGAUUUUGACCAAAGAGUCAUGGACUAUUUUGUAAAAUUGUACAAGAAAAAAACAGGAAAAGACAUUAAAACUGACAAACAAGCAGUCCAAAAACUUAGACGUGAAGUUGAAAAAGCGAAAAGAGCCCUGUCGUCUGCACAUCAAACUAGAAUAGAGAUAGAAUCCCUGUUUAAAGGAGAAGAUUUCUCCGAAACAAUAUCAAGGGCAAAAUUUGAAGAGCUUAACAUGGAUUUAUUUAGAUCUACCAUGAGACCAGUUCAAAGAGUUCUGGAGGACGCUGACAUGAAGAAGUCUGAAAUCGACGAAAUUGUUCUCGUUGGUGGAUCUACAAGAAUUCCUAAAAUACAACAACUGCUCAAAGAUUACUUUAACGAAAAGGAACCAAGCAGGGGAGUUAAUCCAGACGAAGCAGUGGCUUAUGGCGCUACUGUCCAGGGUGGUAUACUUAGCGGAGCAGAUGAGACCAGUGAUCUUUUGUUGAUGGAUGUUAACCCGCUUACUCUAGGUAUCGAGACAGUGGGCGGUGUUAUGACUAGACUGACACCACGUAACACGCCCAUACCAACAAAGAAGUCACAAAUCUUCUCAACAGCUGCCGACAACCAACCGGCUGUAACUAUCCAGGUUUUUGAAGGUGAACGACCUAUGACAAAAGACAAUCACCUACUUGGAACAUUUGAUCUAUCGGGUAUCCCACCAGCACCACGAGGUGUACCUCAAAUCGAAGUCACGUUCGCCAUUGAUGCUAACGGGAUUUUAAAAGUUAGUGCAGAAGAUAAAGGAACGGGACAGAAAAAUAAUAUCGUUAUACAACAGGAUAAUAACAGACUUUCACCGGAAGAUAUAGAACGUAUGCUAUAUGAUGCUGAGAAAUUUGCUGAAGAAGAUAAAGCGACAAAGGAGAAUUUAGAUGCUAAAAAUGAAUUAGAAAGUUUGACAUAUAACUUGAAAAAUCAAAUUAGUGAUAACGAAAAACUUGGAGGAAAAUUGACUGACGAAGAAAAAUUAACAAUAGAAACAGCAAUCGAAGAAAAAUUAAAAUGGUUGGAAAAUAAUUCAAACUUUUCACUCAAUGAUUUGAAAGAACAGAAGAAAGCCUUAGAAGACAUUGUUAAUCCAAUUAUAAGUAAGAUAUAUCAUGAUUCAACUUCUUCGGAAGGAGAAAAGGAAGAAUUGUAAUGAGUUUGUUAGUCCCAUAAUACCUCUGCCUUUCACUGUCAGUACAUUGAAUUUGUUUUUGUGAUAAUGAAUUAUUGGUAAAAGUGUUUGAGUUGGGCGAAUGUGUGAUAUUAUGUACAAUGUAUAGCUGUUCUAUUUACAUGUUAUUUGCGGAGCAGACAUGAUGAUAUCAUUAUAACUGAAUGGCGACAAAAUUUACAUAAUGUGAUUUAAUUAAGACAAUCAGUGACCCCUCAUCCGUGAACUGUUAUAUAUUCAUUCUUUUUGUAAAGAUAUCAGAAAUCCCGAAACUAUCGGUUGAUGAAAAAAUGUGAUCAUAGAGGGAAACACGAUUUCUACUUAUUCCUGUAGAACAUUUAGUUAUUGCAUGUCAAGCUUCGGCUAGGAAAAAUUAAAAGGAGUAGGUCCAGUAAGACCCCUUUG